AAUAAAAUGAAAACAAAAAUAUGUAGCUAGUCAGACCACACAAAGGCACAUAGGCUUAGAACAGAGCUCAGGAAUCUCCAGUCCUUUCUGGAGCAGGCACAGAGACACAUGGUCUUCAGCAGAGCCUAUACAGAUGAUUCACAUAAGAAGUUUCAGGGCUGGACCUGGGGAGGAAGCCUCAGCCUGAGCCGGCUGUCCUGAGCCUGAGUAAUCUAGCUGCAUUGUCGUCAUCCAUCUGGCUGCCAUCCAAUGCCAGGACACAGUAAUGAGAGACUGAGCUUCCUCUGGGAGGGAGGAAACAGUUAAAAUCUUGCAGCAGCUGCAGUCAUCUAGGCGUGGUUCUCUUGUCUGACUUGGGCUGCACAGAUCCUGGGCCAAGGGACAGAAGAAAGACAGCCCAGGAGCAGAGCCUCCCAGAUGGCUGAAUUGGAUCUGAUGGCUCCAGGGCCACUGCGCAGGGCCGCAGCUCAGCCCCCGGCCCUUCUCAGCCCGGACUCUGUGUCGGCCAGCCCAGUGGAAGAAGAGGACAUGGGCUCCUCGGAGAAGCUUGGCGGGAAGACAGAGGAACAGGACAGCGACUCUGCAGAACAGGGGGAUCCUGCUGGUGAGGGGAAGGAGGUCCUGUGUGACUUCUGCCUUGAUAACACCAGAAGAGUGAAGGCGGUGAAGUCCUGUCUAACCUGCAUGGUGAAUUACUGUGAAGAGCACUUGCAGCCACAUCAGGUGAACAUCAAACUGCAAAGCCACCUGCUGACCGAACCAGUGAAGGACCACAACUGGCAGUACUGCCCUGCCCACCACAGCCCACUGUCUGCCUUCUGCUGCCCUGAUCAGCAGUGCAUCUGCCAGGACUGUUGCCAGGAGCACAGUGGCCACACCAUAGUCUCCCUGGAUGCAGCCCGCAGGGAUAAGGAGGCUGAACUCCAGUGUACCCAGUUAGACUUGGAGCGGAAACUCAAGUUGAAUGAAAAUGCCAUCUCCAGGCUCCAGGCCAACCAAAAGUCUGUUCUGGUGUCGGUGUCAGAGGUCAAAGCAGUGGCUGAAAUGCAGUUUGGGGAACUCCUUGCUGCUGUGAGGAAGGCCCAGGCCAAUGUGAUGCUCUUCUUAGAGGAGAAGGAGCAAGCCGCGCUGAGCCAGGCCAACGGCAUCAAGGCCCACCUGGAGUACAGGAGUGCCGAGAUGGAGAAAAACAAGCAGGAGCUGCAGAGGGUGGCGGCCAUCAGCAACACUGUCCAGUUCCUGGAGGAGUACUGCAAGUUUAAGAACACCGAAGACAUCACCUUCCCUAGUGUUUACAUAGGGCUGAAGGAUAAACUCUCUGGCAUCCGCAAAGUUAUCACGGACUCCACUGUACACUUAACCCAGUUGCUGGAGAACUAUAAGGAAAAGCUCCAGGAGUUUGCCAAGGAAGAGGAGUAUGACAUCAGAACUCAAGUGUCUGCUGUUGUUCAGCGUAAAUAUUGGACUUCCAAACCUGAGCCCAGCACCAGGGAACAGUUCCUCCAAUAUGCUCAUGACAUCACGUUCGACCCGGACACAGCACACAGGUAUCUCCGGCUGCAGGAGGACAACCGCAAGGUCACCAACACCACGCCCUGGGAGCACUCCUACCCGGACCUCCCCAGCAGGUUCCUGCACUGGCGGCAAGUGCUGUCCCAGCAGAGUCUGUACCUGCAUAGGUACUAUUUUGAGGUGGAGAUCUUCGGGGCAGGCACCUACGUUGGUCUGACCUACAAAGGCAUCGACCGGAAAGGGGAGGAGCGCAACAGUUGCAUUUCCGGAAACAACUUCUCCUGGAGCCUCCAAUGGAAUGGGAAGGAGUUCACAGCCUGGCACAGUGACAUGGAGACCCCACUUAAAGCUGGCCCUUUCCGGAGGCUCGGGGUCUAUGUCGACUUCCCAGGAGGGAUCCUUUCCUUCUAUGGCGUAGAGCAUGAUGCCAUGACUCUGGUUCACAAGUUUGCCUGCAAGUUUGCAGAGCCAGUCUAUGCUGCCUUCUGGCUUUCCAAGAAGGAAAACGCCAUCCGGAUUGUAGAUCUGGGAGAGGAAUCCAAGAAGCCAGCACCAUCCUUGGUGGAGACUAUUCCCUAGACUCCAGGAGCCAUAUCCCAGACCUUUGCCAGCCACAGUGAUGGAAUUUGCAUUUUAGGGUGAUUUGGGGGCAGAAAUAACUGCUGAUGGUAGCUGGCUUUUGAAAUCCUGUGGGUCUCUGAAUGAGAACAUUCUCCAGCUGCUCUCUUUUGCUCCAUAUGGUGCUGUUCUCUAUAUGUUUGUAGUAAUUCUUUUUUUUUUUUUUUCCGCGAUGGAGCCUCACACUAUCACCCGGGCUGGAGUGCAGUGGUGUGAUCUUGGCUCACUGUAAUCUCUGCCUCCCAGGUUGAAGCAAUUCUCCUGCCUCAGCCUCCCGAGUAGCUGGGAUUAUAGGCGCCCGCCACCACGCCCAGCUAAUUUUUUGUAUUUUUAGUAGAGACGGAGUUUGACCAUGUUGGCCAGGCAGGUCUCAAACUCCUGACCUCGUGAUUCACCUGCCUCAGCCUCCCAAAGUGCUGGGAUUACAGGCAUGAGCCACUGCGCCUGGCCUGUUUGUAGUAAUUUUUAGGCACCAAAUCUCCCUCAUUUUCUAGUGCCUUUCUCCUGUCUGUUCAGAUAAAUGUCACACUGUGCCUCAAAUGGAUGACCAGGAACCUUCAGAGUGGCUGAAAAGAGUGCAGAGUUAUCAUGAUAAAUUGCUAACUUGUGUA